UAAAGAUGGAGUGACUUGUGGGAAGAAUAGGUGUUGUACCCAUCUAAGUUUUUACGCCACACUGCGAGCUGCAAACAAUUUUUAUGUGCCGGGUCGUUGGGCUAUGUUUAUCAGGCCUCAGAGACUGAAUUGAGGUGGUGAGCAGCUGGAACAAUCGAAAAAGAGAGUAUUUUACUUACAUUUUCUUUCCCUGGACCACCUCCUCUAAACUUGUUGGACUUGGUUAAAUCGGGCACCCAAUGUCAUUAGGAAGGCACAACCAGCGUAGAAAUCCGUAUGUCAGUAGUGUUACCAUGCCAGCAAUUAGCCAAACGUGAAACUGACGUACAUAAACAGAAGGUAUUCUAAAAUCAAUAUUUGAGGAGAAGCACAGCAUCAUACCAGUAAAAGGGAUUUUUCCCAACUCCCAAGAAGUAAGAUUUUCCAGAAGUGAACAUAUUGAGAAGAAUCUGGAAACAUCUACAGAUUGCUUCAAAUUGGACCAUGUGAUAAUCUCCGGUUUAAAACGUGACAACGAAUCUGCUGUCUCUCUGACGUGUGACAUGACAUUUUUUUCUGCGGAUUAUGGAAGUAUCAGCAGUAAUAAAAAAGUGAGACUUCUUGGUUUCUUCGUGAAAAACACAUUAGCCGCUCUCACUUUUAGGAAUACAGUUUACACUUCAAAACUUGAUAUAAAAAGGUGACUGUGAUUCCUGCUCAUUUCUGACUGGAAAAUGGACUGUUUUCUACAAAGAUGCUUAAGAUUAUGGAUUUGAUUUUCUUCUUCUCCAUCACUGUCUGAUUCUUAGAAUGUCAGCAAUAGGCUAGUAACAUAAGUGUACUAGAAAUUUGUACACAGAACAUUUUCGUAAUAAAAACAGACAAGUUUAUCUUUUUUAAUGAGAAGUCGUUGAGCAAAAGCUCAGACUUUUAAAGCCAAAAACAAACUUAGUGAAACGAAGAGUGAGCAGUUUUGAAAAUUUUGUUAUUGUGAUGUGGAAAUAGACAACAGAAUGCCAAAUUCUGAGUGCAAAGAUGCAAAACAAUUGGAGGCCCGUGAAGAUGGUAACAGUUGCAAGCUGGACGAUGAUUCGGAGCAGGAUGUCAGCAUCUGGCAGCAGUUGCCAGAUGGGGUUCUGUACCAUAUCUUCUCGUUCUUGAGUGCACGCGAUGUUCUCCAUGCCUGUCUGACGUGUCGGCAGUGGAUGCGUGUUUCAUAUGAUGAAUUUCUGUGGAUGGAACUUUUUUACAGAAUGCUGGACAUUAACAGGCAGGUGCCAAUAGCUCCGGGGAAGACAUCUUGGUACUACGAGUUUCAGAGACUCUACUAUCACACCCCCGUGAUUCAGAGCGAGAAUCUCCAGGAAGGGCCAGGCCGCCACACCGAUCAGGUGCUUCACGUCAGCUUCUCUCACAACGGGGAAUAUUUUGCAACUAGUUCCAAAGAUGGAACUAUCAAGGUGUGGAAUGCAGGAUACCCAGCCACUCUAAAAUAUUCAGAAGAUUUGACCAAGUUGACUUGGAAAUACACACAGUUUUCAGAAUUCAAUGAAAACGACACACUUCUCCUUGUAUCUGGCGUUCACUUUGGGUCCCACAGCACUUCUGGGGAAAUUGCAGUUUUCAGCCUCCAGGAUGAGUUUCAGCUUCAGUGCCGGGUAAUCAACAAGCCCUAUGACAUAUUUGGUUGCUGGUAUGAUGAGAAUUACUUGCUGGCUGGGAAUCUUUAUUGGCUUGGAAACCUGUCCUCGUGUUCCACCAUUUCAAUUAAUAAAGCCUUCCAAGCCACGGAAUCAGAGAGGGAAUCUGUAAUGAUGACACUGUUUAGAUUCCUGAACAUCAACGCCAGUUCCAUACGUACCAUCCUUGUGGCCACAUGCCCCAACGAUUCCAAGUCCAACUCUGACCUGGGUCCUGAUGACAGUUUGGCCAGAGGAGGCUCGUUAAAGAGGUCCGUGAGCCAAAACUCCGUUGAACAGAAUGUUUGGAAGUCACAAAGAAUACAGAUCUAUGAAGAUGAACAGGGUAUUCAGCUCCUUGAGGUUGACCAGUUUAAUGCUGACAGAGGUCGAGGGGCAUCAAUUUUGUACAAUGAAGAUUAUCGUAGUGCUGAGUCUGCCAGGCUGUCUGACAGGGAAGACGAUGGGGAGGGGGUGGCUAGAGCCACCAGAGAGAACCAGAAGAAAAAAGAGGAAAAGAAAGCUCGAAAAGAAGAUCAGAUAGUUUGGAGGAUCGAAGAACAAAACGAUCAUGUUUGCCAGACAUCUGACAAGGCCUGUUCAGACGGGUCAAUGAUAGGAGAGAGGCAAUAUGCCGAGGGUGCCCUCUGCAGACCUAUUGCUGGUCUAAAAGUCUCAAACAUGAAUUCAAAUGCCUGCGCAGCUGGAUCAAGCAGAGCUGGCAGUGCCCCCAGUGCAAACACAAAGACACAGAUAGACAGACAGAACUCAUUGGGUUCAACCAGCAAAGCGUGCACAAGCGCAAAUUUACGGGCAGGGUCAGCUGGACCGAAAAUAAGAGGUGGAUCUGGUAAGCUGACCAGUGCGAGCAUGGCAGAGGCAGGUCCAGCUGUGACGCAUAUAUCAAAAAGCACAGACUCUUUCUCUCCUUGCAUGUAUGCUCCCAGCACUAGUAAUUCUUAUAUCAGUCACAGUCCUUCCCCUUCCCCAGGAGCCAGUAGCAGCAGCGGCACAGCCAGUGCCCCCGAGACACCCACAGAAGCCAAGAUGAAGUAUCUGAUCUUCACAACUGGCAACAGCACCUAUACUCCCCAUUUGAUAGGGAUUAAGAAGAUCGACCCCGAGCGUACCAAGAUGCAGGACACCCACACCCUUAUUCAGCCUGGUUCAAUGAUGGACCAGCCUCCUGAUGGUCAAGAUGGUGUGAAUUAUGAUGGGAUUGACCACUUGAUUGACCUUGGAGGUCAUAUCAUUGGCAUGUGCCUGUCUCCUGAUCACAGAUAUCUCUAUGUGAACAGUCGACCCUGGCCUAAGAACUACCACAUAGAAAACCCCCUGUACCCACCUCCCAUUGCCCAGGAGAUAGACAUCCAUGUAAUAGACCUGCAAACUAUGAAGGAAGUGGGGACGAUGUUGAGAGCUCACAAGGCUUAUACCCCAAAUGAUGAGUGCUUCUUCAUUUUCUUGGAUGUGUGUGAUGAGUAUGUCGCAAGUGGUGCUGAAGACAAACAUGGCUACCUAUGGGAUAGGCAUUAUGGGAUAUGCUUGAUGAAGUACCCACAUACUGAUGUAGUAAAUUCUGUUGCCUUUAAUCCUAAGGAUCCCGAGAUGUUGGUCACCGUCAGUGAUGAUAACUCCAUCAAAAUAUGGCGGUCAAGAAACCGACAGCGCCAGCUGACAGGCCACGACAUUGCUGGUGCUAGUGCUAGCAAUGGGUAGACUGCAAAAUACGUGGGAAAAUGACAGAAAGAUUUUUGAGAGUUGGUUCUGAAUAUGAUAAGUCCUGACAAAGUUGUACAUGGACAAAGGGCAUGCACUGCCACAAAGGAAAAGAUUCAGCCAUUCUCUGCAGUCCUAAUUAAAUAUUGGUUGUGCUGACAAUAUUAUGUGAGAUAAAAUACUCUGAGCUAAUCAGAAUUUUUUCCAAAAUAGUAGGUACUAGUAGGCUUCUUUUAAUUGGGUAAGGUAAUGUUAACCACAGUUGUACAAUUAAAACUCUUGUACAGAAUAUUGGUAUUGAUUUUGUUUGUGAAUUGUGGACAAGGUGUCUUCACAUGUAGAUAAGUUUUAAAGCUAUGUAAGUAUUGGAAAGUCAUCAGAAAAACAUAAAGAAGCCUUGGACUGAUACUAUAGGCAAAUAACUGUUCUGGAUGCCAUACUGUUCCAGUCUUAUCAAAGUUGUUGUUACACAAUAGGUUGCUUGUUAGCAUAGUAUUCAGUUGUUUUAACACUGUGUGGCAAAGAAAUGUGCCACAUUCUUGAUAUUAUUUGUACAGGCUGUGAAGUUAGUUUACCAUGCUGUAAAAGAACUAGAGAGAUACUGAGGGAUAGCUGGAACAAGUGGACAGUUCAUAUUUGUUGUUAAUUUUAUUAUUGUUGUUGAACUAAUAAUAUUUAUCUUAAAGUUUAAUGAUUUACAUAGCGUCCAUACCCUUGGGGAUUACUUACAGAGCACUGUGUUUAAUCAAAAGAACAAGUCAAUUAAACAGCAUUAAAUUUUCAUUAGUGCUUUUAAAGUGAUGAGUGGAAAUGUAAGUAGAGUGAAUACUUUAAUUAAUUAAUUUAUUUAACAUAUUAUUUAGUAAAUAUUUAUAUUGUUUAUCAUAAGAAACUCGACAUGUGACCUUGGCCCCAAUGUAUGGUUACAUAUCACCAAGCACAAUUUAUUUUUACACACGCAUGCACGCAAGCACGCACACACACACACAGGAAUGCACGCACACACAAGAAAUGACAUAGAGAUGACACGGCCGGUCUCUACUUGGGCUGAACUGAAUAACGUGAAUAAGUUGUCAGAGGUCCAUGCUUCUCUUAAGGGUUGACAAACAGACGAUGUUUUGUCUUUGAUUUCAGUUUGUUAUCAUAUCAUGAAUAUAGAAAUGUUAACAUCAUGUUUGAUGUUUGCAUGCAGAUCCAGUUCUUGUUAUUGUGAUUUGUGUCUUAUUUUCACUUAAAAAAAGUAUAGUUUACAUAUCAGUGAAUCACAAGCUAUGAAUAAUUUAUUAAAUUGAAUUUUCUUUUGUGAGACCAAAUAUGCAGAUUUAUUGCUUUUUUAUAUAAAAUUAAUGAUGGUGCAGAAGAGAGACACUUACCAAAUGCAAAUGUUUGUAAUUUUGUAAGAGCAAACGUUUUAAAAAAUUGAAUAAAUGUCCAAUCAUUAGAGUCUUUCUAUUCAUGUGCAAUUAUACAUUUAGUGUAUAUCUUAUGUGUUGGGCAAAGUAAGAUUUGUGCCUUUAAUCUCAUAAUUUUAUGUUUAUAUCCAAAAUGCUUGGUAAGUCAGUAGAUGUUCACGAAAAGCAAAGGUAAUAACUUAAAAAUCGUAAUGAAAGUGGGUAAAAAGCAUUUUAACAAAGAAAUGGGGCUUACCUCCAAUAUGACAUAAGAUUUGUGUAAAAGUGUGAGACCUUAGCAUCAAGUUUGCCCACAAUUGAUUGAUACUUGCAAUUGUAACUUUCUUGACGUUUCAAAAUUGUAAACAUGAUCCAAAAUACUAAGCAUUUAGUAACUGUGAACAGCCAAUUGACUCUUUUUCCCCCUGCUUUAUUAGGCUUAGUUAAAAUGCUCUAAACAUUUCACUUAACAUUGCUCUACAUUUGUUAACGGCAAAUGUUGACUGAGUUUUUAGCCCCCUGUUGAGUGAUGUACAGCAGUAUCCAGAGUGGGUCAACUCAACAGUUGUUGUUGUUGAGAGAUGAUGAGAGCUUUUAACCACCCCUGGAUCUUCAAAGUGUUCGGAAGUUGAAUUUCCACCGCACAACAAAUGUUGAUCGAGUGAAAUUGUUGAAUGCAUUUUAGCAGCCUUACUCAAAAUCACUGAACAUUACUCUACAAAUGUUGAUCGAGCGAUGUUCAGUGCAAUGUUGAGAGAAUUUUAACUAGGCUUAAGAGGAUAGUUAAUUUUGUUUACUGCAUGUUCAUAGAUAUAAACUUGGCUAGAUUCACACAUAUUAUGGAAUUUCAUGUUGUCUUUGUUUAUUGCAAAAAUAAAGGUAAUUGUUGUAACAACACCUUUAUACAUAUGGAUGGUAGUUUGUAUUACUUUAAUAGACCUUGUGGGCAGGCUAUAUAUCCAGUGAGGUAGACUGACA